AUGCAGAAUGGACGAUCGGAUAGCAGAACCAAUAUUUCUGUCAAGAGGGAGCCAGCCCCGCAGAGCAGAGAGGUGAACACCAGACGUCCUUCUGCGGACAAGGGGCCGUCGCAGAACAAGCCUCACAGCGACGUGCUCAAGGACCUUCAAAAGUCUGCUCCGCAGGAGACCUUGGAGGAACUGAAGCGGCUGCAGCAGAAGAUCGUGGUCAAGGCCCACCAGAACCGCUUCAAGGAUCUGGAUACGCCUUCUACGAACCCUGAAGCUCUGAUCAAGGUCAGAGAGGGCCCGGGAACAGACCCUAAAUCCAAGGUUUAUCAAGAAUUUUCCAAGUGGCGUGCUGUCCCAGGCAAAUCCCACAGAAAUUCGUCCGUCCAGUCGCCUGUUGGCGCUCUGGGACCGAAGAUUGAACGGUACCAGGCGCAGUGGACUGCUUACGCGGAGACUGAGGCGGUUUAUCCCGUUGUCGAUGAUGGACGGCUCGUUCUCUUGUCCGAACCGACAGAUUCCGCGCUUAUACCCAAAGCGUCCAGUCAGGAGGUUGGUCUUCAGAUGGGCCUCGAUGCUGCCGAUCUAAGUACUGCAGUUCAGCCCGCUGAGCAUAACUGGGGCGAUGCCUUUUACGCGGACUGGGAGUAUCGUCCUCGCGCUUGUUCCAAUUUCGAGGCCUUCCGCGAUUGGUUCCGUCGCUGGCUUGACACGACCCUUUUGAUCUGCUGCUAUGUCGAUAUCUACCAUCCAGCUUUCUUCGAUGGCACCGCCCAUCCUGAUGGAGAGGCGUCACUCUUGAUUCCUGAUUUCGACGACCAUUCGACCAGCCUCGACUGGAACGACGAAGAAUCCCGCCUCCACUGCCACGAAACGGUAGAGGGCUACUGCUACAACUGGGCGCUGCACCUCAAACGCGAGGAAGAAGAGGAGCAGGAGCGACGAGUGCGGGCUCGCAACGCCUACAUUGAGAGCACCAAUACCACCAUCCCCUUGGUCAGCCCGCAGACCCCGAAAGCAAACCUCUACCUCCGCCCCGUCGAAAUGAGUGAUAUCCCCGAGCUCCUCGAUUUUUUCAACUGGUACAUCCACAAGUCCACCCUCACCGUCGACGUGGCCGCGCUUAAUGAGGAUGAAGUCCGCGAACGCAUCGAAACCGCCAAGCGCGAAAGAUUGCCCUUCAUCGUCGCCGCUGAGCGUAGGUCCAUUCACAACCGGGACAACUCUUCCCAGAAGAUCCUGGGCUACGCACUUGCCACCAAUACCAUUGGCGAUCGAACUGCUGAGCGUUUCACCGCGGAUCUCGAGAUCUUCGUCAGACCCGAGUUCAAACGCCGGGGUGUCGGAAAAUGCUUGAUGGACAAGCUUUUAGAGGUCUGCGAUCCGGCCUACAAUCCCCUUGGUGGCUAUUUCUUCGAUGCCGGCUUCGAGGAUCGUACUGGUUACUAUUCGGGAGGUCGACGUCGGCUUGUUCGUCUUAUGUUCGUCAUCAGUUACCCGUACGAGGACCGUAAGCAGUAUAAAUGGAUUCAUGAGUGGCUUGAGAAGAAUUAUGGUUUUGAGCAACAGGGUCUGCUCAGGGGUACUCGGAUCAAGUUUAAUCGAUUUCUCUGUGUCAACUACCUUGUCCGCAGAGUUGGACCCAUCGACAACGAUACUAUCAGAAACUGA